ACCUAAAGUCCACAAAGGAAUUCGUAAAUCUUGUUUAUCCGUCAUAAGCUUGCGUAUUACGUAUCACUGCUCUUCGGAAAUUAAUUCCGACCAGUACAAUAGCCAUGGGUAAAUUUAAUACGACCGCAAAGGGUUAAAAAAAAAAUCUCCAAGCGCAAACUAUCGCGCUAAAUAACGUUAACGUCGAGUUAGGAUUACCAUAACGCUCGUCGGAGUUCGUAUUUUCCGACACUCGUCUCGCAGAGAUAAACGAGACGAAAAAGGCGAUAAUUAAAGUAAAGUAAAAACCGUCGACGAGUAUCAACAAAGAUAUCGCGACGAUCCGAGGGCCGCGACGGUCUCGAAUGCGGCGCGUUUUAUCUCUGCAACCUCUUUCGCUCCGGAAUCAAAGAUAAUAGAAGAAAAGGCUCGGUGGGGAAGCGAUAGGCAAAACGUGUAAUGUAUUCAGCUCGCGUUUGCUUCGGAACGCGGAUCGUGAAUUUAGUCGUGGCUCCGUUCGCGUCCAAUAACAACGCUCUUCCUUUCACGCCUCGGAGUUGAAAACUCACUCGCGCAAGGCUGGCUACCUGUUCCCCUUCGUUUCUUUCGCGAAAGUAUCGAUCGGACGCAAAAUCUCACCCGGUCCCGCUGGAAUAGGAAGUUUCCACUCUUUUCGCGUCGGUGGCCAUUGCGCGAUCGCUCGACCGACCGAUACCACCGUCGAAAUCUCGCUACGACAUGUUGUCGUGCUACGUGACCGCGGUGCAAUGCGAGUGGUUGGGGAACCGUGGCCGUCGUGGCUCGAACGUGGAUUCGAGGCUCAAGGCGAUCGCAGCCGGGAACAACGUGAACGUCGAGGGAGCCACCCACAAGCAGGUGGUGGACUUAAUCAAGUCCGGAGGCGACGUCUUAACGCUCACCGUUAUCUCCGUCACGCCGCAGGAGGCCGAAAGAUUGGAACCGUUCGAGGAUCUCAGUUACGCAUCCGUGGACUACAGCGAGAAACGAUCCCUGCCGAUCAGCGUCCCGGAUUACCACGUACGCGAGAGGAAGCACGAGCGCUAUGUCGUCUUCAACGUCCACAUGGCAGGCAGACAUUUGUGCUCCAGGCGUUACCGAGAGUUCGCCGCUUUGCACGUGGCUCUGAAAAAGGAAUUCAUCGGCUUCAACUUUCCCAAGUUACCAGGGAAAUGGCCAUUCCAACUGAGCGAGCAGCAACUCGACGCUCGAAGACGCGGUUUGGAGCAGUACCUGGAGAAAGUGUGCGCCGUGCGCGUAAUCGCGGAGAGCGACGCCAUGCAAGAUUUCCUCACCGACAGACUCGAGGAGGACGGUGAUCAGGGGCCGGCUGUAGAUCUCAAGGUACUCCUGCCGGACCGCGAGGUUGUCACCGUCACGGUUGCCAAAGCUGCUUCCGUGAAAGACGUGUACGAUGCCGUUUGCAGCCGAGUAGGCUUGGACGCGGAAACGGCGAAAUACUUUUACCUGUUCGAAAUCGUCGAGUACAAUUUCGAACGGAAGUUGCAACCUCACGAGCACCCUCACACUUUGUACAUUCAGAACUAUUCGACCGCCAGUGCGACGUGUCUCGCGAUAAGGAGGUGGCUUUUCAAUGUAAAUAGACCACUCGGUGAGCAAGCGUUAACGUGGAUAUUCUGGCAGACCGUUGACGAAGUCAACAGAGGCCACAUCACGGCCGGUGAACGAUUGUAUCAGUUGAAGGCUUUACAGGAUGCGUCGAGGAAACACGAGUACCUAAAACUGGCGAAAGAAUUGAGCGGUUACGGCGACAUCGUGUUCCCUCACUGCGUGUGCGACUCGAGGAAGGAAGGGCACGUCGUCGCCGCCGUGGGAGCAGCGGCGUUCAAGCUGCACGCGGCGAAGGAGGACGGUACUUUGGAAUCUCAGGUCGUUGAAUUUCAAUGGAACACUAUCACCCGGUGGGAGGUGGACGAGGAAGGAAUGGCAUUCUGCUUCCAAUAUACGCGCCAGGACAAUCGUCCGCCGCGUUGGCUUAAGGUCUUCACACCUUACUACACGUUCCUGUCAGACUGUUUUGAUCGAAUAGCCGAGGAAGCGAAGUGGGACGAUCCUGGCGAAUGACGUAACGUCCGACGCUAAAAAUGUGUUUGGUGCAUAAUACGAGGUAUACCGUACCGUUUCAUCGAACGUUCACUCACGGCUGUCUUUGUAGCCCGAAGUUUAGAACUACGUUUUUUAAGGCGACCGCAAAGAUCAGUAAGACACCUAAUCAUAUCAGUCUCUCGCUUGAUCAGCUUCGCAACGCGUCCCGUGUCGAAAUCAUUUGCAACGUUGCAUCGUUAUACGAACGCGAACCUCGUGCCGCUGUAAAAAUCAACAAUUUUCUUUUUCAAGGAAAUGCGGAGAGAUAGCAAACGCCACCACCAGUCCCGCGUAGACGUAUCGUCGUCUCUUUAGCUGAUAAUCUUUCUACCAUAGAAAACCUCGAUACUUUAGCUUACGGUUGAUCCACGAAUCGCUGAAAGACAUAAGAGAAUUACGUUAGUCUCCGCUCUCCAGGGUAAGAUGUUGCAAUAUCACGCCAGCCUUUAGACGAAUCUAUCCUCUGGCCUAUCACUCGUUCCGCGUACCGCGUAAUUCGUUCUCGCGCAAGAGAAUCGUCGAAUUACGAGACGUUCCUCUCUACUAGCCUAAUAGAUAUCGCAGACUUUCGUUCGUUAAAUCCGUACGAGUGAAUGAACUUAAGCAAGAAGUAUUAACGAUAUAGUUUAAGCCGGUUGCUUUCCUUUCGCGCAGGCUCUCCGCGCAUUUACAUACCGAAGACGGUUCCGAGCAUUUCAGUUUCGUCGUUUCGCAUAGUUCCGACGCACCGUGAAAUAGAGAUUCGAAGGAUACCGGGAAUUACUUCUCCCAGGAUGUAUAUUUAUAUUAUUAUACAAAGGCAGAGAUACAAAGGUGAAUUGUUCUCGAUCCGAAUACGCGUUACCGUGUCGCUAUUGUGUAUAAACCGUGAAUACGAUUAGCGCUCUGAACGAAGACGCGAUCCGAUUCGAAAAGUAAACCGUAGCUGUGAAUAGUCGAAACCUUAACGCGCUGUUCCACCGUUGUCGAAGAAUUGAUGAAAACGUACUUCACCUUGGUCGUAUCGUACGAAUAACGUUCGUAAAUUAAUAACUAAUAACGAGGUUAAUCGAAGAGGAAAAGUAUCGGAUGGAGGAGGAGAGCGUUAAGAUGAUACGAAUAUAAGACUUAAAAACGAAAUAGGUUGAUCGAAAAAACACCAGGUAGAAUGCCAGAAUGAAGAAGAAACAAAAAAAAAAAAGUAAUAAAUAAUACUCAGUGACAUUGUUGAGAGAGAUAUUAAUAAUAGGAAACGAAAUGAAUAUAUGAAUAAUUUUAGCGUCUUUAAUAUCGGCGGGAACGCCGAUAAACUUUUAAAGUAUCUUGGCCUGCUCGUCGUGGUUUACGGGUAGAGACAGCGAAUCCUUCGAAACGAAACUUCUUCCGCAUUUAUUACGUCGUUUCGCCCCCUUGUUUUCUGCGUCACCCUUUCCGAUGGCUUCGCAACUGAACGUCGCUCGUUUCAAACGAUUCGCUCGCCCAACAACGAGAGAAGCCUCGGCAGAUAAUAAGUAUAGAGAUAGAUGUAUAACUAUCGUUAAUGUUUUUAAACUUUAUUCGGAAUGAGUCGUGCGUGAGAUUUUCGAGACAGCCAAGGUCGAGUGGCAAGAAUGAAGGGUACGUUAACGGAGAGGUGUAAAAAUAAUAAAAAUGUUGGCUUGCUCGACACGAAUCACCCGACGUGUAUAAUAUUCAAAGACGAUGGCGAACGAAACGAAGAGAAAAAAAGAUUAUUCCCGAAAGCGUACAACGAUCGAAAGUUCUUGUUAUUUUUGCAUCGGUUUAACGGACGAUAACGACCCCCGAUUCUUGUUCCGUGAAUAAUUUGGGAAUUGUGCAAGAUUACCUGUGAGCUAUCCUUGAAUUUGAACGAAUAAAGGUAGACCUUCGGUUGCUUGAGGUUUUGGAAUGAAAUCGUAUUUACGAUGCUUCGAGCUCCACCUAGGUUUAAGUGUUGAAGCGUUCGUCCCUUUGUUAGCGUUUGCGUUUUCGCCGAGAAUCACUACGAAAGAAAAAGAAAGAAACGUUUAUCCAUAGAAAGCGGCAUCGGUAUUAGUCUCUUAGUGUUCCUGAGUUUGCAGUCGGCAAAAUCAGCGCACACCAAGUGUCGAACAAGUAUUAAAAUACUGCGGAUAUGUUCUAGCCGAAGGUCGCGUUGAUUGGCGGAAAGAAGCAGCCGUGAAAUUGUCAUGACUUUUUGCGAUGUAUUGUAUUAUUCCAUUAAUCGAUGAAGUAAUUACAUAAUUAAUUUAACGCUAAGUGUCUCGAAAUGCCGGAGUUGGUACGCGUUCGUGGCUAGAAUAUUUUUGACGAAGUUACAUUGUUACAAAUACAUUGAGUAGGUCUCGAUGGCGUGUAGAAUAUUUUCGAACGAAAUUAGGCUGAAUCGUAGAAACGAAAUACGUCCAAAUUCCAACAGUGGUUUGCCUCGGAAGAAAGGAAGUUUAUAUCGAUAAUUUCUCAUCGGCAUUCGUCGUUUUCGCGUGUAUACAAUAUUUAUAACGAGUAUUUAUUAACGUCUUAUCGUUCGCAAAAUCGGCCAUUCGAUAUGGUCGACGCGUGGAUCUUUAGUUAUUUAUUGUCGUUCGAUAGUAUUUUUGUAUCGAAAGAGAUAUUUACGUGUCCCGAAGAAAAGUUGGUUUCGUUUAGAUUAACGAAUUUCCGAGUCGGGCGAUAGGACGAUUAAUUAUUAAUUACUUCAUUAAUUAACACGUUAAAUAAUUCUGUCUAAUUGGAUGACGAAUUAGGUAGUAUAAUUUAAUUAUUGUUAUAGUAAGACCAUAUCAUUACAGUUAACUCCAUAGAAGUUAAUUAAACUAUUAUGUAUAAUCGUAGCCUGUAAUAACAAGUGCUCCAGUUUAUCAUCUGGUAUCAGUUCGCGACGUUUGCUGUAAAACUGGUAUUUCGAAUUAGCGGCGGUAAUCGAUAUAUAUAUAUAUUUUUUUUUCCCUUUCUUUUCGACUCAUCUACUUCAAAAUCGGAGAAAAAUAAAAGAAGUGCAGAGAA